AUGUCAUCCGAAGUGCGUGUCGGUAAGACUAAGAAACGGGGUCAUAAGAGACGCGGUCGUCGCAACAGGAAAGAGACAGAGCCGAUCAUUGACGAGGCUGCGGCGAGGCAGUGCGGCGAGUCCCCAGUUAGCAGACAACGCAGCAGUCGUGGUCGUAGUCGGAGUCGCUCGCAGCCGGUGCCCAAGGACGCGACCGAGCUGCAGCAGCAGUGCCCUGCGCCGGUGUCAACCACUGGAACCCACCACAAAUCGUCCAUCAGUGUGUUUGUGCCUGCUUGGGAAGCAACGGCCCAACCGCUUGAAGAAAGGAGACCGCAGCCAUCGAGGAAGCCGUCUACGCACCGACACCACAAGUCUAAGGACGCUGCAGAUUCUUCGCACUUGGUUACACUCCAAGACGCAUUGGCUAUGGCCGCUGCCGUCGUGACAAUAACGUCGCCCGUGCUCAAGCAAGAACACGUGACAAAGCCGUCGUGUGCGUCGUGUGGUGGUGUCCCGGCCAGAGGCUCUGUCGUACCACGGAUCCUCUGCGCAGUCUCGGUUGGCGUUAUGCUGGUGAGCGCAUUAAGCGCCAAUUUCCUGGCAGCCGGCAGAACCCAGCCACCGACAACGUGCAGAUCCCAGGGCUGCCUGUACCACGCGUAUCGCCUCGCAUCCGCUUACAACAAAACAGCGGACCCCUGCGUAGACUUCUAUGCCUACGUCUGUGGCCGAUGGCAGGCAUUCCAUGAGGGAGCUCGGAAUCAGGCAGAAGAUGCUGCCAUGGCGCUAGCGGUGGACGUGAUCAGCAGCCUGGCGCGACCUCUGGCCAGCAACAGAGUCGUUCGUAACCUUGUUUCGACAUGCGUCGCUAAUCAGUUGGGCGUCAGUGCAGAUGCAUUCAUUGACAUUGCCAAGCUUCUGGGCCUUCCCAUGUCCACAGAAGACAAAUUUUCAGGCCACCCGAUGGACCUUCUCGUCCGGCUCUGCCUUCGGUGGAACCUAGGCCUAGUCUUCGACUUGCGAGUCAUCUCUGACAGCCGUAAUCCUUUCCUUUUACUCACGAGACACCGGAAGCAUGUGGUACCGGAAGUACGUAAUGCUGCUAGCCGCUACGCUUGGAGACACGUCCAGAAACACAUCAACGCAUUCGCCAGUGCCGAUAUGCAGCUGUUGCGUGCCGUGCAAGAAGAUCUCUUUAGCGCCGUGACAUUCGAGCGAGAAGAGCAGACAUUACUCAGAGUGGCCAACCUAACCAUGGCCACGACAUCGGUUCAAGAGUGGGUGACAUUUCUGAAUGCCCACAGCAGCAGCGAGCAAACGUUCAACGAGAGCAGUCUAAUUGUACUAGAGAACGUCGGCGUGGUGAAGGGCCUUGAUGGCGUUCUGACCAAGUACAAACGGGAGGAUGUCGUGGCCAGUGUUUGCUGGGUAUUUGUGGAAGAGUACCUGUGGCUCUUAACUGACCUGCGCUCCAAUGAUUCACAGGCGACAACAAAGGAAAACUCGAAUAUGGAGAGCGAUUCCAGACUAUUGCAAAGACACAGACCUGCAGCCUGCCUGGCCUACGUGGAUACUUUUCUGGGACUACUCAGUGGGGCUAAUCACAUCAAGGACACAUUUCCGGAGUCAUCGCAAAGGCAGCUGAAUGAAAUCUUGCAGAGUAUCGAUAAGGAACUCAUUGUUCUUGCCAACGCAUCCAUCUGGAUCGACGCCAAAACAAAGGAACGUGUUGCAGCAAAGGUUCGAGAAGUGCAGCGAGACGUGUGGCCUGAAGUCACAGUUUUAAGCAUCGAAGCGCUCCUGGCUCUCCAUAGCAAGAUGCGAACGUCGAAACAUGACAACUAUCUUGCUGUCUUUAAUAAGUCGAGGUCACUCCUUGGCAGCGAGCGCUAUUCGGACGUAUUCUUUGGGAACCUGAAGUCUACACCAUUAGGAGAUACCGGUUACAUUUAUCACGUAAAUCGCGUUCUCAUGUCUGUGGCCGUCAUCAGAGCUCCCUUCUUCUAUCCGUACACGCCAAGCUCUGUAAACUACGGAGGUCUCACUUCUGUAUACGCCACCCAGUUGCUCCGUCUCCUGGAUAAGACGGGAGUGACGUUCAACUCCAAUGAUAGUGGCGCGUUGUGGCUGAAUGAAAGUAACAUGGAGUACAUGCAGAGAGCAGACUGCCAGCUGGCAGACGUGCAGCGAGGUGACCACGUGCCGUUGCUGCCUUUCCUGCCAGCGUUAGAAGUUGCGUAUGCUGCCUUCUCAAGGCAGCCUGACCUGGAUAUUGCAAUUGACGCAGAGGAUUUGGGACCCACGUCAGGUGCCAAGUUAUUCUUUAUGAGCUAUUGCCACGCGCUGUGUGGCAAGGAGCGGUAUGGUGGAGCUGAGAAAUGCAACUUCCCUCUACGCAAUUUUCCGCCUUUUGCAGCUACUUUUGACUGUUCGCCAGGGACAUGGAUGUCUGGUGGGAAGUGCUCGUUUUUUGGAGGCUAA